UUAUCCUUCUAAAGGAUAUCGGAUUUCUUAUUCCUAAAUUGACGUGGAGCACCCCGUCAUGCUGGUCUCCAGGCUGCUGGUGGCGGUAGCCUUGCUCGCCGCCGUUGACGCUUGGAAGUGGAAAAGCCUCUUCGACGACAGCGACGCCGACAGUGUGGUGACCGUCGCUGCCGACGGGAGAGCAGUCUUUCCAGUUUUCAGGACUUACAGCGGUUACAGGACGCUGCUCCUGCGGCUGCCGGUCUCGGCCUCCCCCGACUACGGCCCGGCCCUCGUCACCCGGGUGCGGCACGUGUACAGCUUGCCGCCGCCGCUGCCGCCGCCGCGCGCGCGGUACGGCCCGCCUGUGGCCGCCCCCAGCGCCGGCCCCGGAGCUGGGGCCAACCCCCACAGCGCGGCAGCAGCGACCGCGGCGGCAGUAGCGGCCUCCGUCGCUAGAACGAUCCUAGAGGUAAGGUCAAAGUCCAUGCUGCAUGGAUCUAGAAAGGUAUAA